CCCGAGUAGUGAGUCAAAACCUCUCGACAGAAGUUAACCUGUUCGGUCUACGUGUUGAGGCGCGGAAUCGUUGUUGAUUGUGCACUUUCACCAUGGUGACCACCAGGACUGGGUUUAGUACCACCCCCUACAGCAAGGAGCAAGAAGAGAGAGCUGCCGCCCUUCUGCGUGAAAGGAAGGAAAAGAUGGAGAAAAGGGAGUUGCUGGCCCUGCUGGAGGAACAAGAGGCAAAGAAGAGGCAGAUGGAGGAGGAGCUGAAGAAGCAGCAGGAGGAGAAGAUGGUGGCUAUACAAGAGGAGGUGGAGAAAGAAGAAGAAGAAGAAGAAGUAGAGGAAGAAGAGCCAUUGGAGAGAAGGAGAGGGGAAGCGAGCACAAGCAAAGCAAUUGAGAUUGCAAGGAUUGCAGAAGAGUGGGCCACACAUUUGGAGUUGGGGGAAGAUAGGGAGGCCGAGAUGGCCAUUCCCCAGGAAGAGAGAGAAGCAGCAAGGAGGCAGAUUGACACAGAAAGGGACCCGGUGAGAAGAAAGGCGAAGGAGGAAGAACAACAAAUGGCAUGGAGAUACAGGCUGUCCCAAGAUAGGGGAUAUUUCUUCGAGAAGAAGACUCAACAGGGCAUGACUUACGACACUCUUAGUUGGGAGGCAUUUGCAUUUGCCGCCCAAGCGUCGCCAGUUACCACGUUAUGGCACAAAGAUCUGUCAAAGGGAAAAACGUGGAAGGGACGCACCAUCUCGGGCCAAAUCAAGGUCAAAGAUAGUUUAAUUCUGACAAUGGAGGAAGGUGGUGUUGACGAGGUUCCCUACUCUGACAUCGAGUGGGGACUGGAGGAGGAGAACAGCGGCGCAGGCCAGGGGAGAACCUACGCUGUUGUUGCGGCCAGAGGGAGGCCGCAAGGAGGAGGACAACGGUCCGGCCAGAAUGGUCGGGCCCCAGGUGGCCGAGGACAGGGCGGCCAGGGRGUUGGCGGCAACGGCAACCGCCAAGAGGGAGGAAGGGGAGGUCCCCCGCCUAACCGUCCACGUUUUGCUAACUACUACAGGAAGUUCGUGAGGAACUUCUCCACGAUCGUUGCUGCCCUUCGUAGACUUCUGAAGAAAGAGACUAUCUGGAAGUGGGACCAGGAUUGUACGCCAGCCUUCAAGAAAUUGAAGAAGGCUUUGAUAGAGUACCCUGUCCUCAAAGUUGCUGAUCCAUCAUUACCAUUCGCUGUUAUUACAGACGCAAGUCAGUAUGGCAUAGGUGUCGUUCUACAGCAAGAUGACGGCAACGGUUAUAGGCCCGUAGAGUUUAUGUCAGCCAGGCCGCCCUCAGAGAAAGUCGCAGCAUCGACAUAUGAAAGAGAACUCUACGCUCUCAGGCAGGCUCUAGAGCACUGGAAACAUUACCUGCUUGUGAGGCACUUCAAGGUUUACUCAGACCACGAGACUCUUAGAUGGCUGAAGACACAGGCCAAGAUGACGCCCAAGUUGACUAGAUGGGCUGUUGAGAUAGACCAGUAUGACUUUGAGUUGAAACCCAUCAAAGGCAAGUAUAACGUGGUAGCUGAUGCGCUAAGUAGGAAAUCUGAUUACUUCGGCACAAUAGUGCACUACCUAGACAUAGGGGCCGACCUGCAGCAAAAAGUAAGAGAUGCCUAUGCACAGGACCCGAUCUACAGUGAGCUGCUGAAAAGAGUAAGGGAAGCCCCAGAUAGUACCACACAUCAGCCAGAGCUGAUAUCGGUGGAACAGGACACCGGGGCACUGCCACGACGCAGUGCCAGGCUUGCAGUUCGUACCCGUCCUGUGGUACCUCCACGAAGCAAGUAUCAGCAACAGCAGCUCAGCAAGCGGACGACUCCAGCGGCAUCAAGUACAGCAUUGACAGUACCGGUUCUCACCGGAGUUCUUCCCGCAUGUCCGGUCCAAGUGGCCCAUGAACCGUUGGCUGACUACCUUGGGCGACUACAGGUAUUCACAGAUGUCGUAGCUGCCGCCAAGGCUCAGCAGGAGGCAGCAGAGGCAGAACGUCAGCGGCUGGCCAAUGAGGUGGCAGCCCAAGCUCAGCAGACUGCUGAGGCUGACGCAGCGGCACGAGACAGACGGAAUGCCGCCAGCACAGAGUCCCUAAUUCAACAUGAGAAUCACUGGACAACGCUACUCGAAGGCAUGUUCUUUGUGCCUACAGAAGCGCAGGCGGCUCCGACACAGGCGGAGGGAGAGAGAAGUAACCUGGCUACCCUGAUGUUGAGCGUGAUGAGGGGAGUAAUGUGGAACAACAAACUGCUGCAGGCACACCUGGUCGCGGAACGACAGCAACGACAAAAGCACCAGCAAGAGGUGGCUGUUUUGACGGCCGCCGUCCGCGACACAGCAACACAGCGGCAGCAACAGCAACAGCUGUUGAACUCUACUCUCGCACGCAUCAACGGCAUUGAGGCUAAGGCCUCGGCAGCGCCAGGCUGCACGACGGACGCGACGAAGCAGCUCAACGAGCGCAUCGAUCACGUCGUCACUAUCAUCGGCGAACUAGGUGAUUUCACUAGUCCGGCCACGAUCAGCAGCACGGUGGCCGCCAUCAAGACGAGCAUCACCAAACUGCAGACRAGWCCGGACGCCGCUACAAAGAAUUACAAGAUGCCGCACUUCGACAUCAGCAAGUUCGACGACUACAACAAGUCGGACGCCUUGACAUGGUGGCAACGUUUCCUCACGGAAGCAKCMUGCYGCACUGUCCCGGCUGACGACAUGAUGAAGGCGCUCUACUUACAACUGAUUGGAGGAGCGCAGGMCUGGAUGAACCWUCUGRCGGCUACCAASAAAUGCACCAUCGCCGAACUCCACACGCACAUCCCGUGGAAGGAGUUCGAGAASCUAUGGUUCACUCRGUUCAUGGUCCGCAACGUCGUGAAGSCGGCCAUGAACGAGGUGUACACCUGCUCUCAAGGGAAUAUGCCAACUCGAGACUGGACAACCAAGUGGCAAAAGAUAGUGACCACGCCAGGCUUCGAUUUGAGUUUUACCAAUCAACGAUCCGAGUUCUUCUCACGAUCAUGCGCAGGACUGCGAACCGCACUCGGCAACGAGUACGAUUACGCCUCAUUCCAGGCUAUCUUGGAUCGUGCGAACUUGGUCAUCCAAACGGACGACAAGGCCGCAAACGAACGGCAGUCCCAGCCGCAUUAUGUGGCUAAGCCAGGCUAUCAACGACCGACACAUAAUAAUGCCGUGAUUUCUGACGAAACAAUCGAUCUCCACGCUGCAGCAGCAUCCUCGAGUGAUGGAGGAAUUGUAGCAGCACUCCCGCCGAAGCGUCCCAAGAGAGUUCGGAAGAACAAGGCGACACAAGAGACGGCAUCGACAGGAACUGGGCAGCAGCCAUGGACAGCAUACAAGAUCACCAAGGAAAUCUAUGACCUUCGUCAACGAACAAAGAUCUACGGUUAUGCAACAGUUCCGGAUCGGCCCAUACGUCACGGGAUCACUCUCAAGGCUGGCGCCGUCCCUCCGCGUGGAUGCAUCUACCGCAUGGGCGAAAAGGAACUCGAGGUGCUUCGCGCACAAUUCAAUGACCUUCUCGACAAGGGUUGGAUUCGCCCUAGUUGUUCGCCCUACGGUGCCCCUGUUCUCUUCGUCUUGAAGAAGAACAAAGAUCUACGAUUAUGCAUCGAUUAUCGCAAACUUAACGCACAGACCGUAAAGAAUGCUGACCCUCUCCCUCGGAUUGAUGAUCUUCUUGAGCGGUUAGGCGGCGCGACGUACUUCUUGAAGUUGGACUUGAAGUCGGGCUACCACCAGAUUGAAAUCCAGCCUGAAGAUCGGUACAAGACCGCGUUCAAGAAGCGGUACGGGCAUUUUGAGUGGGUUGUCAUGCCCUUUGGCCUCACCAAUGCCCCCGCAACGUUUCAAGCAGCGAUGACGACUGAGUUUCGCGACUUGCUCGAUCGCAGCGUCCUCAUCUACCUUGAUGACAUCUUGGUCUAUAGUAGGACGUUGGACGAGCAUAUCAUACACCUUCGCGCUAUUUUCAAUCGUUUGCGACUGGCCAAGUACAAAGCAAACCGCGACAAGUGCAAGUUCGCCAAGCAGGAGCUUGAGUAUUUGGGCCAUUAUGUUACGCCGAAAGGCAUUCGUCCCUUAGCGGACAAGAUCCAAGCCAUCGUGGAUUGGCCGGAACCCCAUUGCACGACGGAUGUACGCUCUUUCAUGGGUUUGGCUGGAUAUUAUCAGCGAUUCGUCGAGUCAUACUCGAAAGUGGCCGCCCCUUUGUCAGGACUUCAAUCCCCGAAGUGCCUCUUGAGACUGACGGGACGUCUCUUGAGAAAUGUUUGUCCUGUUAUGGGGCGUGGGCAGUUUGCUUGUGGGUUAUGAUAUGCCUGUCUAAUUGUCUAUAACAGGGUUUUUCUUCUCUAACCUAAGGAUGCAUUGACUGUCGGGGCCAGUCAGAGCCUUACCGCAGUAGGCUACAAUCUGGUGAGGUCAGCAGGUCCCCGACGCGAGUGUCGAAUUCCGUAGUCGACUGAGGCUAAGACUCCG